CUCGGAUUACUCUCUUCUUUUUCUUCUCUCAUCUUUUUUCUAUAUUAUAAUUAAAAAAUGGUUUCAGCUCUCGAACAAAAAGCCGUUGACACUAUUCGUGUCCUUGCCGCAGAUACCGUACGCGGCGCCAACUCUGGUCAUCCUGGUGCUCCUAUGGGUUUGGCUCCUAUCGCACACACUUUAUUUACAAAGUUCCUUCAUGCCAACCCAAAGAACCCUUACUUCCCUAACCGUGAUCGUUUCCUUCUUUCCAAUGGUCACGCGUGUGCUCUUCAGUACAUUAUGCUCCAUCUUUUGGGUUAUAAUCUCUCCAUGGAUGACUUAAAGCAGUUCCGUCAAUUAGGUUCAAAAACUCCUGGUCAUCCUGAGCGUAUCGAUACCGAGGGUAUUGAGGUUACUACAGGUCCUCUUGGUCAAGGUAUUGCCAACGCAGUUGGUUUAGCCAUUGGUGAAGCCCAUCUUGCUGCUACCUACAACCGUCCUGAUUUCGAGAUUUUCAACAACCAUACCUAUGUCAUCCUUGGUGACGGUUGUCUUCAAGAGGGUGUGGCCUCUGAAGCUGCAUCCAUUGCUGGUCACUUGAAGCUUGGUAAACUUAUUGCUAUCUACGAUGAUAACCAUAUUACAAUCGAUGGAGAUACCGCUGUCUCUUUCACUGAAGAUGUUGUCAAGCGUUUCGAAUCUUAUGACUGGCACACUAUUGUUGUUGACAACGGUGAUAGUGAUUUUGCUUCUAUUGAAAAGGCUAUCGCUGAAGCUCAAAAGGUGACUGAUAAGCCCUCUCUUAUCAAGGUCAGAACAACUAUUGGUUUCGGCUCCUUAUUACAAGGCGAAGAAAAGGUUCAUGGUGCACCUCUUUCAAAUGACGAUAUCAAGCAACUUAAAGAACGAUUUGGUUUCAACCCCGAAAAGACUUUUGAUGUGUCCAGUGAUGUCUAUGAUUUAUAUCAUGCUCGUGCCAAGGAAGGAGCUGAAUAUGAAGCCAAGUGGAACAAGCUCUUCGAUGAUUACAAGUCCAAAUAUCCCAAGGAAGGAGCUGAAGUAGCUCGUCGUUUCGCAAACACUUUACCCGACGGUUGGGAAAAGGUCCUUCCUCGUUUCACCCCAUCCGAUUCUCCUGUUGCCACUCGUAAAUUGUCUGAAGGUGUUUUAUCUGCUAUCGAAUCUGUUCUUCCCGAAUUGAUUGGUGGUUCCGCUGAUUUAACAGGUUCUAACUUGACUCGUUGGAAGAACGCUGUUGAUUUCCAACAUCCUUCCACCGGACUCGGUGAUUACACUGGUCGUUAUAUUCGUUAUGGUAUUCGUGAACAUGCCAUGUUUGCCAUCAUGAACGGUUUAACUGCCUAUGGUGCAACAAUUCCUUAUGGUGGUACAUUCUUGAACUUCUUAACCUAUGGUUGGGGAGCUGCUCGUCUUUCUGCUUUAUCACAUCUUCGUGUUAUCUAUGUCAUGACCCAUGAUUCCAUCGGACUUGGUGAAGACGGACCUACCCAUCAACCUAUUGAGACUUUGGCCUUGACGCGUGCUACACCUAACAUGCUUACAUUCCGUCCUGCCGAUGGUAAUGAGACCUCUGGUACCUAUUUAGCUGCCAUCCAAAACAAGACUCGUCCCUCCGUGAUUGCUCUUUCUCGUCAAAACUUGCCUCAUUUGGAAGGUUCGUCUGUUGAAGCCGUGCUCAAGGGUGCCUAUGUGCUGCAGACCGAUGAUAAGCCCGAGAUUGUGUUUGUGUCUACUGGUUCUGAAGUAUGUAUUGCCGUUGAUGCUGCAAAGAAAUUAAAGGAAAAGAACAUCAAGACACGCGUUGUCUCUAUGCCUUGUUCCGAGAUCUUUGAUGACCAACCUGCAGACUACAAGAAGGAGGUUUUCCCUCUGGGUGUUCCUGUAAUUGCUAUUGAGGCACUUGGUAAGUUUGGUUGGGAUCGCUAUUCUCAUGCUCAAAUCGGUAUGGAUACCUUUGGUUCAUCUGGUAAAGCUGAAGAUUUGUAUCCUCACUUUGGUAUUACCUCUGAACAUGCUGUGGAGAAGGCUGAAAAGGUUAUCAAUCACUUUAAGAAGCUUGGCUAUGUUCCUGAAGUCAAUGCUCAACUUUAAAAAAAUUCAUUUUCAUAUCAUUCAUCUGUUAUUAAAAAAAAUAUCGUGUUUCGAUAUAUUUUUUUGUUUACCGCUUCAUUAAAAAAGAUAAAGCACAAAUAAAAUACUAUUUCCAUUUUUACCAGUA